UGCGUUUCGUAGGGAGGAAAUCAGACAGCUACAGUGAUUGCAUUGCGUUCAAUGAAAGAUUUCAACUUGGCGCAAGAGACCUGCCAGUUGGCAAUCAGAGAUGUUGGAGGCCUUGAAGUUUUGAUAAAUUUACUGGAUACUGAUGAAGUCAAAUGUAAGAUUGGUUCAUUAAAAAUCCUAAAGGAAAUCAGUCAUAAUCCUCAAAUCAGACGUAAUAUUGUUGACCUUGGGGGCUUACCAGUUAUGGUUAAUAUACUUGAUUCUCCACAUAAGAGUCUGAAAUGCCUGGCAGCUGAGACAAUCGCAAAUGUUGCCAAGUUUAGAAGAGCCCGACGGGCAGUGAGACACCAUGGAGGCAUUACCAAACUGGUCGCUUUACUGGACUGUGCACAGAGUUCAGCAAAACCAGCUCAAUCAAGUCUGUAUGAUGCCAGAGACGUGGAAGUAGCUCGCUGUGGGGCACUGGCAUUAUGGAGCUGUAGUAAGAGUAAUGCAAAUAAAGAAGCCAUUCGUCAAGCCGGCGGCAUUCCUUUGUUGGCUCACUUACUGAAGACUUCUCAUGAAAACAUGCUAAUUCCAGUGGUGGGGACAUUGCAAGAAUGUGCAUCAGAGGAAAACUACCGAGCUGCAAUCAAAGCAGAAAGGAUAAUUGAAAAUCUAGUCAAGAACCUAAAUAGUGAGAAUGAACAACUACAGGAACAGUGUGCCAUGGCCAUCUACCAGUGUGCUGAGGAUAAGGAAACCCGUGACCUGGUUAGACUGCAUGGAGGACUUAAACCCCUGGCCAGUCUGCUCAAUAACACUGACAAUAAAGAACGGUUGGCUGCUGUCACUGGGGCAAUAUGGAAAUGUUCCAUCAGCAAAGAGAAUGCGACCAAGUUUCGAGAAUACGAGGCCAUUGAAACUUUGGUGGGACUUUUAACUGACCAGCCUGAAGAAGUACUUGUGAAUGUGGUUGGUGCAUUGGGAGAAUGUUGUCAGGAAUAUGAAAACCGUGUCCUUGUCCGGAAAUGUGGUGGCCUUCAACCACUCGUAAACCUCCUUGUUGGAAUAAACCAAACUCUUCUUGUCAAUGUCACAAAAGCAGUUGGUGCUUGUGCAGUAGAACCUGAAAGUAUGAUGUAAGUAGCUUCACAACUGAAAGAUUUUAUUUGAGAGUGUUAGGGGAAAUGCUCAGGUCAUAAUAGAAUAGUGUCAUCACUUAGAAUUGGCGUGCAUAAAUGGUGAAAAAGUAAAAUGGAUUUA